AGCGCGAGCGCGGCCGCGAGCGCGAGCGCGGCCGGGGGUUCGUUGCCCUCCCCGCCCCGCGGCCGUUACCCGCGCGGCUCGCUGAGGGCACGGCGGGCGCGUGAGAGCGAGCGAGCGAGCGAGCGAGAGCCUCCCAACCGACCCAACGGCCCAGCGAGGCUCAUGGCCGCGUCGGACCGGAUGGUGCUGGGGCCGCUGGUGGGCUCCAUCGAUCAGGGCACCAGCUCCACUCGCUUCCUGGUUUUUAAUGCAAAGACAGCAGAACUCUUAAGUCACCAUCAAGUUGAGAUUCAGCAGAAAUUCCCUAAAGAAGGAUGGGUGGAACAAGACCCAAAGGAAAUCUUAAAAUCAGUCCAUGAAUGUGUAGAAAGGACCUGUGAGAAACUGCAACAACUGAACAUAGAUAUCACUAACAUAAAAGCCAUUGGAGUCAGCAAUCAGAGAGAAACAACAGUGGUUUGGGACAAGACAACUGGAGAACCUCUUUAUAAUGCCAUUGUGUGGCUUGACCUGAGAACGCAAUCAACAGUUGAACGCCUUCUUAAAAGAAUCCCAGGAAAAAAUAAAUCCUUUUUCAAGUUAAGGACUGGUCUUCCACUUAGCACUUAUUUUAGUGCAGUGAAACUUCGGUGGCUUUUGGAUAAUGUAGAAGAGAUUAGGCAAGCAGUUGAUGAUGGAAAAGCUAUGUUUGGGACUAUUGAUUCAUGGCUUAUAUGGAGUUUAACAGGGGGGAAGAAUGGAGGUGUUCACUGUACAGAUGUAACCAAUGCCAGUAGAACAAUGCUGUUCAACAUUCAUUCCUUGGACUGGGAUCCUGAACUCUGCCAGUUCUUUGAUAUUCCUAUGGAAAUACUUCCAAAAGUACGAAGCUCUUCUGAGAUUUAUGGCCUGAUGAAAAUCUGUCCUAGCCUGAAAUCAGGAGCUUUGACGGGUGUACCAAUUUCUGGGUGUUUGGGUGACCAGUCUGCCGCUCUUGUUGGACAAAUGUGUUUUCAAGAUGGACAGGCAAAAAAUACGUAUGGAACAGGAUGUUUCUUACUGUGCAAUACAGGUCAAAAGUCUGUGUUUUCUGAGCAUGGUCUUCUAACCACAAUAGCUUACAAACUGGGCAGAGACAAACCUGUUUGUUAUGCGCUAGAAGGAUCUGUUGCAAUAGCUGGUGCUGUUGUUCGUUGGCUGAGAGACAAUCUAGGUAUUGUUAAGACUUCACAGGAAGUUGAAAAACUGGCUGCAGAAGCGGGGACUUCUUAUGGCUGCUACUUUGUGCCAGCAUUUUCAGGACUGUAUGCACCAUACUGGGAACCCAGUGCAAGGGGUAUUAUCUGUGGCCUUACUCAGUUUACAAAUAAAAAUCACAUCGCCUUUGCUGCACUAGAAGCUGUUUGCUUUCAGACACGAGAGAUUUUAGACGCUAUGAACAAGGACUGUGGGAUACCACUAAGCCAGUUGCAAGUAGAUGGAGGAAUGACCAAUAACAAAGUUCUCAUGCAACUCCAAUCAGACAUUCUCUGUAUUCCAGUAGUAAAGCCAUCAAUGCCUGAAACAACAGCUCUAGGAGCUGCUAUGGCAGCAGGAGCUGCAGAAGGAGUUGGAAUUUGGAGUCUGAAUCCUGGAGACUUGACAGCAGUGACAUGUGAACGAUUUGAACCACAGAUCAACCCAGAGGAAAGUGAAUAUCGUUAUGCCAGAUGGAAGAAAGCUGUGAUGAAAUCUAUGGGCUGGGAGACAUCUGAAGCUCCUUCAAAUGGUGACACUAGUAUCUUCUGUAGUCUGCCUUUGGGUUUUUUUAUUAUGAGUAGCAUGAUAAUGUUAAUCGGAGCAAAGUACGUCUCAGAACUCCAACACAGUCAUCAGUAUAAUAAGUUUGAGGAUUGAAUCUACAGAGGAUUGAAUUCAUCCUUCAUGUACUGAAACAGCAGUGCUGAUUAAUGAAACUACUUAAUGGAUUACCUGGAUGCAGCUUAUUUUUUGUUUGUUUUAUGUAUGAAGAGAUUCCACCACCAGUGUGAUUAUGCUGUUUGUGUACUAAAUCCAUUUAUGAACCCAUCAGUUGCCAGGCCUUGAGCAAUCUCCCAGAGAUAUACUGAAACUUAGUCAUCAUCCUAUCACUUCUCUGCUCCCUUCCCCAUCAGCUCCAGCUGCACUGAAAGCCUUUGUGUUGACUAUCCUACAUUAUACUGUUGACGUCAUGAAAUUUUAAAAUUUCAGAAACUCUACCUUUGUUUGAGAAAGUUGUCAUUUAAAAAACUUCUGGGGUAAUUUCAGAUGUUUUUCUAUCCUUUCCAGGAUUUUGGUACUUUAUAAAAUGCACUGCAGAAAGUUACAGUGAUGCACUACGGAACUUUGUAAACAUCUUACAAUAUUUCUUCCAGCUGCUAUGGAUUACCUAUCAUAUUUCUAUGGUUGCCAAAGAUGUAUUAUUUUAGUGGACGUUGGUAUGAAACACCUUUAACAGUACAAACCUUUUAAUCACUAGCUCAAAAUUUACCUUCAGUAGCACAUGUUGCCACUGAUUUGGCAAAGAAAAGGUUGCAGAUAUGGUCACCAGAGUACUAUCAAAAUUAUUACCCACAAAGUUAAAUGGAGGUUUGUUUGGCUUCUGGCAUAUGUAGCCAGUUUACCUGUCAACAAGUAUUUAAGAUAGUAAGUCCUGUAACUGUAUCUUUAAAGAGAUAGGAGUAAAUAGACAUUUUGGUUAAGGCUGUUUCACAUUCUUACCUGUUUGUGUUUGUUUUGAAAGACAAAUUUGAUACAGCGUACAAUUCAGAGUAGAGCUUCUUAGUCCUCUGUAGCUGAUAACUCUUAAAAUUACUUUGAAAAAUGUACUUUUCUUGACCAAUACUGCAUAUGUUUUGUCAUCCUGCUUAAGGAUGUUUUAGUGAUUAUAUGUUAAACUUUUGAAAGUUGAAGCUGAUUUAGUUUUCCUUAAAGAGGGUCCGCUCCCAAUUAAAUAUCAGUGCUUUAGUCCUUGAUCUCAUUUAGUAUAUCUCAGGGACCAAAAUCUCCCUUUCAAAUUCCAUAUCCAUAACUUUAACAGCAAGUUGUCCCAAAAUAUCCUGGGUCAGCCCAAAAUCCUGGCUUGGAGUUGUAAGCACUUGGCACCUGAAAUUGGCCACUGGAAUUCAGAGACAACGUACUUGAAAACUGAGCUGCAUCCACUUUGAAACUUUAGAUCCUCCAUAAGUAAAGGAGCGAGGCAAUAAUCUUAACUUCAGCUUUCCUGUUGGUAUCAACAGCAUGAGAAAUGACAGCCUUAUUGGACAGGUUAGAGGAAAUGUGUUCUUGUACAGUAUCACUAGAAUACUGUAGAAUGAUAUUGAAGUUAAAUGUGGGAACAACGACUUUCAAAACAAAUUACAAAGAUGUAUUUAAAUGCACUAGGAGUUAAAGGGAGUGAUUUUUUUUUGUGCGUGUUUGUUCUUAAAGAUUUUUGUCUUAAGAAAAAAGUUAUUCUUUGACAAAGUUUGUUUUUCUUCGUUCAGUUGUAAAUAGAGGUUUAGUUUUAAAAGAAAUGUUAAAUAUGUGUGUGUCUGAAGCAAUGGAUUGCACAGAAAUUCAAGUCUGUACAAGAUAUUAAAUAUCAAAUGCAUAUUAAUUGCCUUUUAUUACCAAGUGCAAUGAUCUUUGAAAAUGUGACUUUUAACUAAGAAGUUAGAGAAGGAAUAUCUUUCCUCCUGUGGUUACAUGUAUAAAUUCAGCUGAGGGGAUUUUUAUGCACGGGUAAAAACAUAACAUCAACAUUCUAAUCCCACAACUCCUAUAAAUACCUGAAUGUGAGGUGCAACUGAAACUCCUGGGUUUUCCAGUUUGUAUGGUGAGGUGAAUAAAAAGUGAAAAACAAACAUAAAUCUGUAGAAAAAUCUUUAUACUCCUUACCUUUUCUCUGAGCUGUUGAUGAUCCCUUCUUACAGCAAGGAACUGGAGUAACAGCAGCCUUUGGAAUGCACAGGUCAAGGGCAGCACGCACCUCAAAAACUGGACGUCUGACUUCUUGCCAAAAUUACUGAAGUAAUGAAAGGGGGAAUGAUUAAUGCUGAAGUGUUGCCUUUGCCAGUGAUGUAUGCAUCAAGGGAAAAAAGUAGCAUUGAGGAGGGAGAUUUUUUGCUGCUUUUUCUGAUGUAUCUUUUAUUGAGAAACACAAUUCCUAUUACUUUUUCACUGAAUAAAUACCAUAAGUUUAUUUUCAAUUGCUGUUGCAAGUAUUUUUUAAGAAUAUCACAUCACUGUAAUUUCAUAGUUGAAAUUAAUUGUAAACUGCGUGUGGGGAGGACUGCUAAAAAGUAGCUUUUGUGAAUAUAAAACUGUGAUUUUUUUCUAAAAAAUACCAGAUUUAUAAACUCUUAAGAAAUGCAUUCACUUGGUAUUAAAAUACCAUAAAUAAAAUGGUGUAUUUUGUCAGUU